AUGGCUGCAAACACCCGCCAGAACGGUUAUGCGGCGUCCGCCCAGAGCUACAAGAAUCAGAACUUCAACCAGUACCACCAGGCUGGACAAGGCCACGGCUCGGCCCCGUACCUCCCUCGAGGUCUGCCGAUAUCCCCCGCCGAUAACAACAUGCAGUCUCUGACAAACAGCAUGGCAGCCCUUGGAGUCCACGGCCCCUAUGCUUCUUCUGCCGCAUCAAAGUCUGGCGGCUCGAUCAUGUCCGGCGGUUCCACCGAAUAUACCGGCCUUCCCCUGGCUCAGGGCCAAGGUGGGUGGUAUACAACCAAUCAGCAUAUGUUGACUCCCAUGUACAAUGUUAUUGGUGCGAACCAGCAGCAAUCUGCCAUGGGCCACUCGCCAGGCAUGUACAGCCAUGCCGGUGCGUAUGUUCCCCAGGCAGCUUACCAGUACGGCCAAGCCGUUGUCGAGAACAGCCCUGUCGCACCGGGAUGGGCUUCCCGCGUGUCUUCUGGCGACAUGCCUUCGCUUAUGACGCCCCGCCGCGAUUCUGUGUCCUCGAAUGAGAACGAUAUCCCAGGCACUCCGUACAACAGCAGCGGAGCAUACCGCUAUGGAACCUCGACUGCCAUCAUGGAUCGCUCCCCGAACGGCAUGUACACUAACAGCGGAACGCCGUCUCCUUCCCAGUUGGCCCACGGCUACCAGCUUGUCGCUCCGCUGCAGAAGCAGCAGACCCUCCCGACGAUAUCUCCUCACAUAAUGGCAAUUCUCCACAAGGACCCGCCGAUCCCACGGGCCAUUCCAGCUCCGAGCUCUCCGCUUAAGCCGCUUGACCGCAGCCUGGAGAACAAGACCGGAGAAACCAACGUCUACAUUCGAGGGCUACUUCCCGAGACCACCGACGAGAUGCUUCAUAUCUGGGGCAAGCGCUUUGGAGAUAUCCAGAGCUCAAAGUCCAUCAUUGACCUGAAGACGAGCCUGUGCAAAGGCUUCGGCUUCAUCAAAUACCACAACUUCGAAGACGCUGAGAACUGCAUCCGCGGUUUCCAUUAUCUCGGAUACGAGGUCAGCUUUGCUAGGGAGUCGUUCUACUCGAAGCUCAAGAAGUUCUCCGACGACAACAACACGAACCUCUACGUGUCCAACAUCCCGAAGAACAUGAACGAGCAUGAACUGGGCGCCAUCUUUGCUCCUCACAAGGUCUGCUCCAGCAGGAUUCUUCGCGACAGCUCUGGCAACGGUCGCGGUGUUGGCUUUGCGCGUUUCGAGACGCGUGAGAUCUGCGAGGAGGUCAUCAAAAACUUCAACAACACCCCGGUCUCCAAACCCGGCGGUGAUGAGCACCUGAUCCAGAUCCGAUACUCCGAUACCCAUGAGCAGAAGAUGCUCAAGCAGCAGACUGCCGCCGGUCGUGUCUUCCGUGCCGCCGAAUAUGAGGUUGGCGUUGCUCAGGCUAGGGCAUUGAGUUCCGUGCCUGACCGCUACAUGACUAUGUCUCCGGACGAGCAGGCGGCCAACGAGUUCGAAAUGUUCUUGCAAUCCCAGGCGACUACUCCCACGUACCUGCCGCCAUCGGCCCGCUACCGCCAGCCAUGGGCACCAGCGAUCCCGUCGACGCUAGGAAUGUCUCGUCCAGCCAUGUAUCCGAUGGCCCAAGCCAGCACCCUCAAGGCGGAAGAUGCCGGAUCCGAUCACGGUGUCGACACCAAGACGACUCCUGCUACUCCGGUCCAAGAGUCCGAUAACUCUGUCUCUCCAAGCCGACGAUCGGGCGGCGACGAGUAG